AUGGCAACCAACAAAGACGCUCCAACUCAACUCUCCGAUCUGAAAGAUGACAAGGCCUCCGUCACCUCGCAGGCAGUCGGGACCACUUUCGUCCUGAGCGCUCACGAGCAGCAUGUUCGAGACGAAUAUGCCAAAUUUUCUCCUGAGGAGGCUCGAGCUAUAGAGAAAAGGCUCAAGCUGAAACUUGACCUGAGACUGUUCCCUACACUGAUGAUCAUGUACAUCUUGAACUAUAUCGAUCGAAAUGCCUUGCCAAUUGCAAAAAUUGCUGGAAUUCAGCAGGAGCUUGGGCUGUCUUCAACGGAAUACAGCACAUGUUUGUCCAUUCUCUUCGUCGGAUACCUCCUCACGCAGGUCCCUAGCAAUCUCUUUCUGUCACAAGUUCCUCCUUCUAUUUAUCUGCCCAGCGCCAUGGCGGUGUGGGGUGUCGUGUCCGGUUGUACAGCAUUGGCCCAUAGCUAUGGCGGUCUUGUUGCUGUCCGAUUUGUUCUCGGAUUUUGCGAGGCUCCUUUUUUCCCUGGCGCAAGGAAGAUCACGUAUGCACUUCUUUCGGUCCCAUACCUGACCGGUUUCUGCAUCGUUCUACUCACCUGCUGGUAUGCAGACCGCAUUCAGAAGCGCACAUGGCCAAUUGUUAUAAACUUGGCUGUUUGCAUUGUCGGUCUGGCAAUCAUGGGAGGCACGCUGGCAGUCCCCGCGCGUAUCAUUGCAAGCAUCCUAAUGAUUUCGGGUAUCACGAGCGCGUCGAACAUGAAUCUUGCGUGGAUCGGCAGUUCUAUCCCAGCUCCUGCACCAAAGAGAGCGGCUUCUAUUGCCUGUGUCAACAUGGUGGGCAAUGUAGGUAAUGUGAUCGGCGGCUACCUCUUCCCAGACAGCCAAGCCCAGCGAUACCCUAUGGCCAUUGGAGUCGAGGGAGGUGCUGCUAUCCUUGCCAUUGGCGGAGUCGUCUUUUUCCGGUGGUACUUGAAGAAGCAGAAUGAGAAGCUGGCUUCAGGAGAGGAAGAUGCCCACAAGGCUGUUGGAAUUUCCGACAGAGAUUUCAGAUACGUCAUUUAA